CGGAAGUAGCUGGUGCCAACAUUGCGAGGGCGGAUGGGAUUCGCCCUUGAAGCCAAAGGCGGUUCAUAUUGGAGACUCUACAGGGGUAAACCUUCAGCAAACCAUCGCCUUCGCUCUCCCUCUAUACAUAAACCAUGCCUCAUGGGAAUCCACCCCCAUCCAUGGCGCGCAUGGAACCACAGGAGUCUGAACUGUGGGCAACUAGAAUUAAAGCUGUGCCAUUCAACUCUCCUAACUUCAACUGCAUUAUACCUGGGUGCCCGAACUCAUACCAAACCAAGCAGGGACUAGAGCGCCACUUCGCCGCGAUACACAUGUACAGGGCGGAUCCGAACGCCAAAUAUUCUCGAUCCACCUCGGCCGCUUCAAUAGCCGGCAACACCUUCAAUAGCAUGCGCAGGAACAGUGGCAGUGGGACCAGGAAUGGCCGUGUACGGUCACGUCGCAAAGGAAGACCUCCUGGAUCCGGACUCAAGGCUCGGCUUAAGCAGCAGGAGAUAGAGCAGGCAUUGGAGCAGGCCAUCACAGAAGGAGACGCUGUUCAUCGCCCAGAGAUUCACACAAACCAUUCGCUCCUCGCCAGCCACGCUGCUUCAGCACGGCACGAUUGUGGCGACGAUGAGGCCAAGCCGAGGGAAGAGCGCUCGUAUCUCGAGUUUUUUCCAUUUCUCAACACGUCUUUGAGACUCGAGCUAGUGGAUGCUUCGCAGAUGCAGUCUCAAACAUUGGAGGGGUCAUCUCGGACAAGCGCGCCGGAGGCUGACGAUCUUUCGAAACCAGGAACGAAGAGCACAGCGGUGAAAACAGAAGGCAGCGUUCUCGACACGGCACCCAUCCCCCCGACGACAAAUGACCAUAAAGAACAUACCAUAACAAACGACAUCUUUCACGACUCAAUUAAUGAACUACCAAACGAAACCUCGGCCAGUGGUCUUACCAACACCUUAUCAUCACCAGUGACAGAGAUUGUACUUGCAGACCAGAAUCACCCUGGAGACUCUAACGUGGACGACAAUAUGGAUGGGGAUGCUGCGUCAGACCGGGAUGAAUUCUUUGAUGCGAAAGGAUUCAUCGAGAGCGAGGCGGAAUCGAGCCAAAAGCAGGUUAUACAGCAUGAACGCAGCGCCAGUAGGGAUGAAGGUCGCUCAGUGUCCCCGGGUACUCAAAGCGAAGUCAGGGACGAAACCAUGGAUAUGGACGUAGAUCAGGAAGGAUCGGCUAGCACAAACACUGACAUCGCAAACGCUGACGUGGAAGAAACGAGUCAUGACUAUAAUGUCUCUGCCAUGCAGGAGGAUGAUGUAAAGAUGGUGCCUGAACCUGAGGCACAGGAUUCCAAAAGUGCUGAAAGGUCGUCGUUCGCACCAUCAACCAACGCUCACUCUACCGGAUUAUCUGCAAAACAAUCAACCGCGCAGUCGAUAACGACUGCCCUUGAACCCAAGACACCGGCAACUCAACUUCCCCAGUCAUCCUUCAGAUUGAUUCCAAGGGAUGAUGAUGACCUUGAAGAAUACCAUCUGCCUGCUGGCCACAACGUGCGGUACAUCGAGCCGACGGAGACGGAACUCGCAGAGCGUGUGGAAUAUGACAUGGACGAGCAGGACGAGUUUUGGCUCAAAGACAUCAACGCGGAGCGACGCAAGCAGGAUUUAGGAGAGGUCUCUGCUUCGAUGUUUGAAAAGAUUAUCGAUCGGCUCGAGAAGGAGUGGUUUGAUCUGACUAAGAAUAUCCCAAAAUCGACGGAAAAUCUGCCACCAGAGGAUUCUGCCUGCAACAUUUGCGAUGAUGGCGAAUGUGAGAACAGCAACGCUAUUGUUUUCUGCGACGGUUGUAACCUCGCAGUACACCAAGACUGCUAUGGCAUCCCAUAUAUUCCUGAAGGCCAAUGGCUCUGUCGCAAAUGCAUGUUGUCGCCUCAGAUGCCAGUAUCCUGCAUAUUCUGUCCAGGCGAAGGAGGGGCAUUUAAGCAGACAACGAACAGUCGAUGGGCACAUCUCCUGUGCGCAAGCUGGAUUCCCGAAGUAGGCGUGGCGAAUACAGUUUACAUGGAACCCAUCGACAAUAUCGACAAGAUCCCAGCAAGCCGUUGGAGGCUGACCUGCUAUAUCUGUAAACUCCGAAUGGGCGCUUGCAUUCAAUGCGAAACGAAGAACUGCUUCCGGGCUUUCCAUGUGACCUGUGCACGAAGAGCUCAUCUGUACAUGAAAUCGAAAUUGUCCAAGGCUUCUAACUCUGGAGGAGAGGUCCUGGUCUAUCGUGCUCACUGUCAUAAGCAUACACCGCGUGACUACCGAGGAGCCGUUGAUAUCGCCGGAGCAGCUGCAUUGUUUGCACACAAGGGCAUCAAGAAAAAGCGGGCCAAAAUCCGUGUUGUGGAUGACGAUAGCGAAGACCCUGACUACGGCCGCAGUGAUGAGGAGGAAAUCUCUGGCCAUGGACGAUCCUCGGUUUCCAACAACGACACGGGAGCAACAACAUCAUCUGCCCUCGUGGCUUCUCAAUCGCUUGGUGGAUCCAGGACAUCAAAAGCGGCUCUAGCGCAUCAAAAACACUAUACGCCUGGCGCCCCACUAGCGCCCAUGUUUAUCGUCAACCGCCUUCUCCCGUUCGUGGGUAAACUGGGGGCUAAAACACCGGCACUACGGAAGGUGUCUGCGCUGAAUUUUAUCUACACCGUCUGCAAAUAUUGGUCGCUCAAACGAGAAUCGAGACGCGGCGCACCGUUGCUAAAGCGAUUGCAUCUGGAACCCUGGACAGCCUCCGCUUCAGCUCACAGGCAGACUGAAGAAGAGAAAGUAAAGAAGCUGCAGACGCAACUGCUAUUGCGUGGUGAUCUGGAGAAGGUCAGGAUGCUUGCAGAGCUCGUACGGAAGCGCGAGAGGGCCAAGCUGAAGCGCCAAGAGCUGCAGAACCGUUAUUUAUGCAAGAUCAUAUUCCCACUAAAGACAAUCCUUGAAGAUACGCUUGCAGAGCUGGAAAAGUUGGAUCGGCAAAAGUUUUUCGCAUACCCGAUUUCUGCAGAGGAGGUCAAGGACUACCAUGAUGUUAUUAAGAAUCCCAUCUGCUUCCAGACUAUGAAUGAGAACGUCUUCACUCAUGAGUACCAAAGCGUAGAGGAGUUUGCUGAUGACGCCCGACGUAUCUACCACAACUGCCUAACUUACAACAAAGUCGAUACACCAUACUAUCGAGCAGCGACCCGACAGUUGAAGCAGGCAGAGCCGCUCCUUCAAAAAGCCAAGGAGGAUUACGAACAUCUGGAAAUCGACCCGCAAACUGGAUUCCUAGCCGUACCUAUCGAUCCCGAGAUUUUUACCUACAACCUGGUGCCAUUCCAGCGACCCGAGGAAGAAGGAGAGAGACAGCUGUCGGAUGUUUCUGUUCCCGCAACGCAGAAUGUUGUCCCUACUGAAAUAAACCCACCGAAAUCCAAGCGCAGAAAUCCUUCGGUCGAUCUGCCCAGACUACCUGUCGUUACUGGAAGACCUCUCAGAGCAACCUCAGGAAGAGCGGGGCAAACUGCAGGAUCAUUGGCAAGUUUAGCAAGUACAACAGCCUCCAACUCACAAAAGUCAGCGCAGGAGGCCCAACAAGCGCUGAACAAGACUCCGGGUUUCCGUUCGCCUUCUAGAAACGGACCCCGACCGGAGGUGCCGAAACUAAAGACGGCAACCCUGACGAGGGCUGAUGUGGCAAAGGCACGGCAGGCUUCUAGCGAUGGCACUGUGCAGUUGAGCCUGGAUGAGGAUGAGUUACUGGAAAAACUGAAGCACAAGUCGAAGAAAUCGCGAUCAUUGGCCGUCAACUUGCAGUCGAGACUCAAGCCUUCGAUCGUCGACAAGGCUGUGGUGAUCAACAAACCUGCACCGAAGGGAUGGGCGUACGUAGUGGUCGAGGGAGAAGAGGACACAACGGAGGGCGAAGAUGAAGUCGAUUCAAAGGAAGGGGAGUUGGAUGAGGAAACACAAGCGCUGGAGAAGGCCAAAGAAGAGGCCAGGAUAAAGCGUCGGGAGGAGAGGCAUGCACUCGCUUUGAAGAAGAAGCUGGCGAAGGGACAGAAGGCCAAGGCUAGAGCAGAGGCUUAUGCCCGGCUGAAGGCUAGUAGGGCUACAGGGAACUUGGCGCAAGCUGAAAAGGAGGGAGCCAGCGGGAAACAGGACAGCCAGGGUUCGCACUCACAGAUAGAAAUCGACAGUACUCUCCCACUCAGACAUUCGAGCCAAGGAAGCAGGAACGGCAGGUCCAGAUCAAGGCGAAGUGCAGCCGAUCAACGCUCAAAGGGUGCAGCAGACUCAAUUGCAGACCAUGAUGACCAAGAGGGGCCUGUAGAUCUCAAUAAGGUGGUAGAUGGUGGCGAUCUACGGAUGACUUCGACCUCAACCCCUCAUCAGAACAGUCAAAAUAGCGACUCUGAAACUGAGAUGGAUGUUAAGGAGCAUGAGACGCAUGGCAAGGGAAAACAAACGGGGAGGCAUGGCGCCGACCUCAGUAAUGGUGUCGAUGGACUGGGUCUGAAUUCUGAAGGGCAGGAGCCGAAAAGCGAUGAUGACGAUGAUGCUAGUGUACCAGUAGAGGAUGAGGUAGCAGCGAUGGACGAGGACCCCAUGCGGAAACGCCAGAGGAGGCCAGCUUCUUCACGGGUUGCUGCUCGGGAUGUUUCUGAAGAUGAGUCUGCUACUGGAAGUACCCGUCGCCUUCGAUCCACUGACGCAGCGCCAUUGAUGUCAGUGUCCUUGGGAACACGGAGGGAAAGUUCAGCGAGUCAAAGAAAUGACAUUACUGGCAAGAGACGACGGAGUGAAAGUAUUGAGGGCUCGCCCAAGAAACUAAAAUCUGAUCGGCACGGCGGACCUUUGUCGUACGGAUCCUUAGUAUGGGCCAAGAUGGAAGGGUUUCCUUGGUUCCCUGCAGAACUGAUGGAUCCAAAGGGGCCGCAAGUACCAGACCAGGCGCGGGAGAUGAAGAAGGAGGGCCAUGGAGUCCAUCUGGUACAGUUUUUCGAUUUGCGUGAGCGCGGUGAGCGUGGGCGGUCAUGGUAUUGGGUUACAACCGCACAGCUGUCACCACUGGGCGUCGAUCUGGACGAGGAUCGCAAGCGCGUCCACAUCAAGGCAGGCUGGAAUCCAAAACGUCGCAAGACGGUCAAGCAAGCCUAUAUCGAUGCCUGUCAGUUAAAGGGGAUAGACCCUAGUCUCGUUCUUACAGAGUCCUCUUGAGGUCAAGGGCCUUCUUUUUCCUUCCACACUGGUGACCAGGAAAUAAAAACCAUCC